AUGGCCGAUCGGGGAGGGAGGAGCUCCAUGAAAGGGAGAUAUGAGGUGGACAAGAGCUCAGCUUUCGCCACCUUCACUGUCAACGCCGGUGACCUCAAGCUCAAGGCCUCCAUGACUGACGCCACCAUCCAUGGUCCCUCUCUCAACGGCCUUGCCCUCUCUCUCAAGAAGCCCGACUCCUUCAUCAUCGACUACAACAUCCCCAAGAAGGAUGUUAGGUUUCAGUUCAUGAAUUCGGCGAGGGUUUUGGACAAGACGGUGAGUUUGACCUAUACGCAUGCCUGUGGGGACAAUCGGGUGGGCAUCGAUGGUAUGAUGGCAUUCGAUCCGACGAAUAAGUUGUCGGUGAGUUAUGCUUUGGAUUUGAGGAAUUGUAAGGUGAAGUAUGUAUACACCCAUGGGGUGCUGAGGAGAACUGUGGAGCCAUGUUAUGACUUGUCGAAGAACUCGUGGGAUUUUGUGGUGACGAAAAAGUUUGAAGGGGGUGUUUCGGUUAAGGCUAUCUACCAAGCAUCGUCGAAGAAUCUCGAGCUGGACUGGAAUCGUCGGUUCUGGGGCACAUAUAGUCCGGGGCAAUAA